CCCCCCCCACCGGGGAACAAGGGCUGAACAGGGCCGGGCGUAGAGAGGGACAUCGGGUCACGGGGAGAUGCAAUGGCUUUGUGUCCGGCUGGAGAAGGAGCUGGAGCUGGAGAUCGGUGCAAAACAGUGAGGGAUUUGUUAAAGGAGAAGCUCGAUCAGCUUCAGUGUCACUUCACGUGGGGCCCACAGAAGGAGAUCAUUGACCUGGAUAAUAUAAUGUACAGAUUACAAGAUUCUAUAGAACUGAAUUUGAAGUAUAAGGCCAGGUCCUACAACCAACUCGCUUUUGUAAACUGCCUGCAAGGCAACAGUGAGGAAGCUAUUCAAAACUUAAAGGAGGCUGAAAAGAUUCUGAGGGAGAACCAUAAAGAUGCAUUUGAAAGAAGAAGCAUCAUCACCUAUGGAAACUAUGCCUGGGUGCAUUACCACAUGGGAGAACUGACCAAGGCCCAGUCCUACCUCGACAAGCUGGAGAUGAUCUGUGAACCGCUCACUGAUGGUCCUCGCUAUACAGCAAUGAUACCUGAAGUGUAUGGGGAGAAGGGAUGGUCAUUGUUGAGAUCGGCUGCUCAACACUAUGAGGAGGCUAUGGAAUGUUUUGAGAAAGCUCUGGAGGAAGAUCCUGACAAUACGGAGUGGAUCAUGGGCUAUGCAACAGUUCUGUUUCGUCUGGAAUCAAUUCCUGGAACCCAAGAGAAAUACAAAAGUAGUCAGUGUGUGACUCAUCUGCGACGUGUUCUGGAGCUUGAUCCAGAUGAAUCUUUGGCCAUGGUGAUGUUGGCCCUAAAACUGCAACAGGACAAUCAAAAGAAGGAAGCAAAUGAAUUAGUUGAACGAGCCUUACAGAAAAGCCCUGAUGUUCCAAAAGUGCUUCGUAAUGCUGCAAAAUUUUACAGACUAGAACGAGCUGUGGAAAAGGCAAUUGAGCUGCUGGAAAAAGCAUUAGCAAUCACUCCAAUGAACAGUGUCCUUCACGACCAAAUAGGUAUGUGCUACAGAGAGCAACUACUUGCACUGUUCAAAAAUCCAUUGAGCUCUGAUCCACAAUAUCCCGCAUUUCAACAGAAAAUGUUGUUGUUCAAUCAUUGCAAACAUCACUUUGGAAAGGCAUUUGAACACCGUCCAAAGACUGCUACUAAAUCACAACUAGAUUAUGCAGACAUCUGUAUAAGAAAUGGAGAGCAUUCCGAAGCAGCAGAGGUCUACAGCAAACUGCUGAAGUUAGAGGGCAUUCGUCCACAAAAUAUGCAGAAAAUAUAUUUACAGGCUGGCAUUUUUGAAAUGUACCGGAGAAAGUCUGAUUUAAAUGCUGUCAACUUGUUGCAGAAAGGACUGAAGAUUAAAAAUAACACACAUGACUGGAAAUUGUGUUAUAAACAUUUGGACAAGUGGGUAAGGAGGAAGCUUUGCAGGGAUGCACAUGACAGCAAGGCCCUUGGUGUCAAAGGAUUUCUGCAUCAGAUGGAUGGGCACAAGUCUGAAGCUAUUGAAUCCUUUGUAAAGGCUUUGGAAUUUGAUCCCAGUAAUGAAGAAUAUCUCAGUGCUCUUUGUGAAUUACGUCUUUCAUUUGAAGAGCAUCAUGAACUUUGAAAGAUGCAAUACUUUCAUCUGACCCAAGAAAAGAAUGAAUGUGGUGUUUGUUUCACUAAUUAUAUUCUGUUCUCACCUUCUCCAAUUGGGAACUGUACGCAUGAAGGUGUCAUUUUUAAAUUG